AUGCUAGUUGAUAUGCUGCUUGUUGACAUAUUUUUCCAUUAUGUUGUAGGAUCUAUUAUUCCAAUUUGCAAUGAUGAUUUGAGGCCUUAUGAAGGUCAAAAAUUUUCUUCACUUGAGGAGGGGAUUUACUUUUAUGAAAAGUAUGCUCAAGAGGCUUGUUUUGAUUGUCGAAGAUUUGGAAAUAGGUUUAGUGGUGGUGUUUUUGUUUUUCAGUAUGUUGUGUGCAACAGACAAGGUUUUCAUACAGUUGAUCUGUUGGGUGUCGAUAUAAGUAUAUCUGAGGAAGGGAAUGCGUCAGAUGGUGAUGAAGAACACAAUCAUGAUAUGGUUGACAUAGAUCAUAAGCGAUUUAUGAAAGGAAAUCGCAGUAUGAAUGAUGUUCAUCACAAGUUUGUUGAAGAUUGCACCAAAGCUAACAUUGGUCCUACUUCAACCUUCAACUUAUUAAAGGAGUUUUUUGGUAGUUAUGAUGUUGUUGGGUUUACGUUGAAUGACGUUAGGAAUUGUUCUCGUGAUAUUAAUGAGAAACUGAAAGAAGUGGAUGUUCAAAGAAGAUCUAUUAUUCUAAUUUGCAAUGAUGAGUUGAGGCCUUAUGAAGGUAAAAAAUUUUCUUCACUUGAGGAGGGGAUUUACUUUUAUGAAAAGUAUGCUCAAGGGGCUUGUUUUGAUUGUCGAAGAUUUGGAAAUAGGUCUAGUGGUGGUGUUUUUGUUUUUCAGUAUGUUGUGUGCAACAGACAAGGUUUUCAUACAGUUGAUCCGUUGGGUGUCGAUAUAAGUAUAUCUGAGGAAGGGAAUGCGUCAGAUGAUGAUGAAGUAACUUCAAAGAAGAAACGCAGACGUGGCACAAAAAGGUGUGGAUGUGGAGCGAGGAUCGAUUUCAAGUUUUAUUCUAAUUGUGGUGUUAAAUAUUAUCUUGUGUAUCAAUUCAUUAAGGAACACAAUCAUGAUAUGGUUGACAGAGAUCAUAAGCGAUUUAUGAAAGGAAAUCGCAGUAUGAAUGAUGUUCAUCACAAGUUUGUUGAAGAUUGCACCAAAGCUAACAUUGGUCCUACUUCAACCUUCAACUUAUUAAAGGAGUUUUUUGGUAGUUAUGAUGUUGUUGGGUUUACGUUGAAUGAUGUUAGGAAUUGUUCUCGUGAUAUUAAAGAGAAACUGAAAGAAGUGGAUGUUCAAAUGAUCUUAAAUCAGAUGCAAGAGACGAAGAGAAUUUGUGAAGGCUUUUUUUACAAAUAUCAAUUAUCACCUGAUGAUAAUAAGUUAGUGAGCUUAUUUUGGUAUGAUGCUGAGUCUCGGAAACAUUACCAUAUGUUUGGAGAUGUUGUAACAUUUGAUACAACAUAUUCGACAAACAUGUAUAAUAUGGUGUUUGGUCCAUUUACCGGGAAAGAUAAUCACUGGUGUCCUAUUGCAUUUGGAGCUGGUUUCGUAUCCGGUGAGAAUUGUGAUGCAUUAUCAUGGCUUUUCACUGUGUUUGUUGAAUGCAUGAGUGUUGCUCCAAGGAUCAUAAUCACGGACCAAGAUUGGGCAAUGGGGCUUGCAAUUGAGAAGGUAUUACCUGGUACAAGACAUCGUUUAUGCAUGUGGCAUAUUAUGAGCAAGUUGUUUGAGAAGAUACCUAAAUCUAUUUUUGAUAGAGAAAAGUUUAGUAAGGAGUCUAAGGCUUGUGUUUGGUCAGAAUUGUUAGAUCCAGAUGACAUAUUAUGGACUGGUAUUGUUGAAAAAUAUGGUGUGGAAGAUCAUAAAUGGUUUGAGGACAUGUUUGCUAUUAGACAUUUGUAG